GUCUAGUGCUAGGGAACGACGCUGCCGAACAAGCUUGGAGGGGCAAACAUGGCCGCGUUGAAACCUUAUCAGAAGGCUUUACUGGAAAAUAGAGACGUCCUCCUUCGAGAUGUUAGAGCGAAUGAUGUUUGUCCGCUACUGUAUGUGAGUGGCGUACUUACGCAGAAAGAAAUCGAUGACAUAAACAUUGGGCGAACCGCCCAAGAGCGUACUGAAAGUUUACUAGACCUACUCCAUUACAAGGGUCCGAAGGGAUUUCAAGAGCUCUGCGUAGCUUUAGAAGAUAUUCAUCCUCACUUGGCAGCAAAAUUACGGGCUAAGAAUCCGCAAAUUGAAGUUCCAGGUAAGCUAGUGUCAUGAAUUUUUUGAGUGCGAAAGCGUUUAAAGACCUUCGUUCCGCCUUAUCGAACAACUAUCUUUGCAAACUUUGGUACAAAUAUAUUCCAAAAGGCGAUUAAACUGUUUUUAUUAAGUUUUAUUCCCCGUUCUCUACACGGAAAUUAGUUUUGUUUUUAUGCAGGGUUUUGUGUAGAUUCUGUUUUCUAAUGUAUGCAAAACAGCCUAUCAAACCUGCUUUUAUUGGUUUGAGGGAUGACACCAGAAUUAAACCGUUCAAGCUGACGCAUAUGUUUACUUGGAACGAAAUUCAUGCUCUAUCGCAUACACUGAGUCUCACACAUUACUCCUUACUGUUUUAUUUUAGAAAGCAAACCUCGCGAAAGCUACCCAAGAUAUUCAAGCCCUCAAAGGGUUAGAGAUUUUGAGCAACGAGAAAAUAACAAUAACGAAUUCUACAGUGGUAAACGUGAUCGCGAAUAUACGCCUGAAAGAAGCUAUCCCCAAGAAGAACCCAGGAGGGAAAUGCGAGGCGACGGACAAGGAAGAGAGCGCUCUAGUUCAUACGACAGAGGACGAAUGUACUCACCCUACGUUUCAGAAAAACGCGAUGAAGGUCGCCCCUACCCUGAAAACGAUAAUGACUAUCGCAAGUCCGUUGGAGACGCCGAGGUGAGCGACUUAAACCAACCGUAUCAUUGUUUUGAACGGCCAUCGUAUUUAAAGCGUUUUAAUAUCAGUGAAUUUGACCGUCUUUUUAUGUUGGGUGAAAAAAAUCAAGAAGAUAUAUGUUUUUUAUGGGAGAUUUUCCAAGUAAUCUUACGUUGGGUUGAUUAUGGAACCUGAUACGAGAUUUGUUGGGAUGUUGUGUGAGGAAUUGACAAUGAAAUAUUUUCAAUGCUUGGAAUUUCGCGUAUGCGCGCUUUUUGGCGUUUCGCUUACACCCGUGGUUGCUAACUUACUGUAUGUGGGUUGAGAAGAGUUUAUCAUAUCUAAAAUUAGUGCCCUACAAUUGUAAACCCUUCACAUAUUUCGUAUUUCUAUGAAGUUCUAAUAUAAAUGACUAUUUCAAAUCAUUGUUGUUGUCCGUAUACGAAAGGUCAAUACGAAUUUACUACGAGAUUCGAUUGUCCCAAAGCUUUUAAGAUCAGUAAUCCUAAAGUUUGUGGGUUGAAUGUUAUAAUAGUAAGUGUUUCUCUGAACGGCUCUUUUCCAGAAUCCGUUCUUUGAAAAAAUAAAUUGGAUUGUUAUUGUGAUCGGCAUGAAGUCAUUUGAUUUCACUUAAAAUGGCAGGCCUAUUUUUCACGAAAUUUAACAAGGUCGCUCAGGCAGUGUGUGGCUGGUGUACACGAUGUAUUGAUUGAUUAGGUUUGGAAAAGUAGCGAGGUAUUUUUUUGAUCGGAAGUCGAGCUUGAUUUCUAGAAAAGUAUUGAAUUUUCCCUCGUCUUUAACCCCACCUUUAGUGGUUUUGGGUCACUUAUUUUGUCGCCUAUGGACGGGGAUAACUGCUCAAGGUUUUUCCAUUUUUUUAACGUUAACGUGUGUGACCCACUCACGAAAAGUGAGUGGUAAUUUCGGCACCCAUCAUGAGCUAUUUUCCUCAGUUUGAUGCGAUGAUUUGAGAGCCGAAUAUCAUUCAUGGAUCAUUGAUUUUGUUCGCGUUCAUUUUCAAGUGAGAAAGCUCAGAAGUUUUGAAAAGUCUUUGAUCGAUCAUCUUGCUACUUAAAAUGUUUUGGUUAUCAGUUCACUGCAUCUCGAAGCUUUGGUUUUCAAAGCAAAUAAGAAAGAAAAGUUUCCUAAAUGUUAUCACUGCAAUAUGAUCGUGCACAUUCCGAUAUUUGCGUCUUUUCAUUGUAAUUUUGCUUUUUGAGUAAAAGCCUUUGUUUUAAUUUGCUUCUUUUAUCGAUUUCGCUCUAAGGACGCACAAUUUUUUCAGUUAUUAAAUAUAUUUGAUAACAGUAACCACGAUUUCCACGUCACUUGCUAUAUUACAAUUUCAACAUUUAAAUUAUAUCACAAAAUGCAGUGAAACGCACGCAAGCCGUUCAAUUUUGCGUCAAGUUUACUUUGAGAUCUGUCUAACGAAGUCAGUUGUUACUUCUCUUGGGAAUUUAUCACCCUAUUUGUAAACAAUCUUGUAAACAAUAAAAAUUAAAUUGCCCGAGCUUAUGGUGGAAAUGUACAUCUUGUAGACUGAGUUGAUUUAAUUUCUGUAACAUUUUCAUUAACUUUAAUCUAUUUAUCAACAUAUUUUUACUCAGAAUAUUUACUGUGGAGAUUAGAUAGCAUCUGCACCAUUUUUUCCUGUGGUUUAACAAAACAAAGUGCACUAUCUCUGUAAUUCUUUCCAGCAUAGCUAUUUCUUCAUGUAACGAGAUUCCUUUACAGGUAAAUUGAUAACAAAACUUUGUUCUUUUUGACAAUUGCAAUUAAUGUCAUAUUUAGGAAACUUUGACACCUUUUCAGUUUGGUGGAAUUAUUCCAGAUAACCUGUUGCUGCUAUUUAUUUUUAAUGACUUUGCUUUUGGCAGAAUUACCUCCAAGAAUUAAGUUCUUAAUGUUUGAGGUGUUAAAUUUUUACAAAAAGUAGAUAUUUCAGUGUUCUGUUAUAGCAGUUUUACAAGAGCUUUCUCUCCUACCAUUGUUUAUACUUAGUCGGUUGUAAAGAUUGUGGCAAAUUCUGUUGUGGUUUUGAACUUCCUGAUAGAGCUCUCUUAAAGCAUUUAGUUCCCUGUACCUUUGCCAACUUUGUUGUUUAAGCCCUACCAUGGCUUUGUUGUUUUUUCAUGAGGAUCUGUUCUUCCUCAUUAAUUUUAUACUUUCUAAAACACAUUUUCUCAAUGAACUGCCUUUCAAACUUAGUCUUCGGCAACUGCCAUUUGCUGGAACCUUCCGUUUCUGUGGGUCACCAAGAUCAGAACUGUCCACAUUUUCAUCAGGCUCAGUAAUAAUUGAGCAACAGUGUCUGGCUUACAAUUCUCUGCAUUGCCUAACACACGAGGCCCCCCGACCCCCCAAUGCCCUCAAGGUCUAAUUCUACCCCUCAGACCAACAUUAUAUCAAGAAAAGUCAGUGACUUUUAAGACAGUUACAGGGUCAUAUAAAAACAUCUAAUACAGAUUCUAGUAGUUCUAAAUGUUUUGCAUUGGUGACCAAAUCCUGUAAUCUAUCAUUCAACUGGUGACUAGAGUUUUUCAUCAAACCUUACUUGAAAACCUGGUGUAUUUUAUAAAUAACUCUUUGAAAGUAAUAGGCAUCCAAACGUCCCUGUUUUUUUCAGAAACUUAGCUAAUAUUCUACGAAGAAUACUUGUUGCUAGAAGCCAUCUUGUGUUCUAAGAUGUCAAACUUCUACAGGGUCAGCUGAUUUUUUGGUUGCCUCUACAUAUUGGCUUUGGCCUUCUCUUUUUUCCCAAGCAAAAAGGCAGUUUAUUUCCCACUAGAUUGAUGCCACUGCCCCCCUAGGACACCUGCAGGAACUUGCUGUCUAAAAAAGUGUGAGCAGUUUAAAAAGCAUUAUGCCGAUGUACUUCAUACAUCAGACUGGAAAUAAUUUACCCUUAAAGCAAGUUACUGCUAAUUUUCUGUUACCGUUUUAUAGAUAUCUAUAAAAAUGGGAUUAAAAAUGAAAAUUUUAGCGGACAAAACCAAGUUAACAUUGUGUUUGCGUUUUUCCAGACGAGUCUGUCUUAAAGUCUGGAAAAUCACAGAUAAUGAAACUGAGUUUUAUAAAGAGAAUUAUGAGCACAAUUUGGUGGAUAUUAAAAUGAGCUGUACUUGUAAAUGGAUCUAAACACAUCUAUAUAAGAAGGAUGCCUCGGUUUUUGGAGACUUAUGUAUGUUUGAUAUAGUGUUUAUACAAAAAUAGAAAUGGUACUUGUAGUUCUACCUUUGAAUAUUAAAAAAUGUCAAAGUUACCUUCUGCUCAGCAACCAUUAACAGGCAAUUAGAUACUGCAAGACAAAACAGUUUUUAAAAGCUCUUAAGUGUUUUUCUUAAACAGCUUUUUAUUUAUUUUAGCUAAUGGGUAAAUUUUUCCUUCUGUAAAUAGUCAAGGUUAUUACGUCUGGCACCCAUCAUGUCAAUAGCAGUUUGUUAAUGUACAUGUUGUGGUCAAGUUUUAUCGCAGGUAAUUUUUGUUUUUCUUUUGUUUUUGGGUAUGGUAAUGCUAAUGAAGUUUAAAAAAACGGAAAAAUAAAAAUUACUUGAGAUAAAAAUUAACUAUAACAUAUACGUAGAGUUGUUCUUACAUGGGAAAAACUGCUUGGUACAUUGGCCGCACGAACAUAUACAGUACACAUUACACCAGUGGUACAUCAUGCUAUUAAGUGUGUAUUUUGCCACAUUAGUAAUAAUAAUUUCCUCUUUUUUAUGCUUAAACAGCCUGGCGAUCAUCAGUACGUGUGGGAGAAAAAGACUAUAGUUUUGGAGAAGGUUAGUAAAAGAACAGUGAUGUGUUUAAAAUCUAUCUUGUAUUCUUGAUUCAAGUGAUCUGUCAAUUUAGAGUUAUUGUUUUGAUUCUUAAUAAUAUGUACAGUAGUGUAGUUAAAAUUGUCCAUGUAAGACACUUUUUGCUCAUUCAAUUAAUCAAUUUUGUUAUACUGUGAAUUAGUUUUACAGCUGAGUUGUUAAAUUAUCAUUUUUGAUUGGCAAAUGUAGAAAUACUUUAGUCUGCAUAUCUUAAUAUCUGAUUUUUAUUUUAUUUCAAUCUUUGUGGCACAGUGUUACAUUUUAAUAAUUUACUUUGCAGGCGAAUGUGAACCAAGGGUUUGGAAUUGCAGUGUCAGGUGGAAGAGACAACCCUCAUUUUGGAAGUGGAGACACAUCUAUUGUGGUGUCCGAUAUUGUUCGUGGAAGCCCAUCUGAUGGCCUUUUGAAGUAAGCAUCAAAACUGGCCUUUUAUGUCUCCUGCUUUAGAUAAGUUUGUGUUUUUUGAUGGGAACUGCAGAAAUACAAAUUUAAAUGAAGAUACAAUCGUCGCAGUGGUACAGUGGAACCCCACCUUACAGUCACCUUGUUGUUACCGCCAGUUUUUUUUGGCCUGGCAAAACAGCCAUACAUUUCCUGAUUAAAAAACCCAUUAAUACGGCGAACAGCCACAUUUUAAAAUCCCAAACAGUAGAAUCCCUUAUAAUUUCACCCAGUUAAUAUGGCCACUCGUUCAAAAUAUAGAAAAUUAAAAUGCCCAUGACAUGUCAAUUUUAUUGACCUAGUAAUCUAAGCUUAUUCUCAUACUGUUUUUAUACUACAGUACACUUAAAAAUAAUGCACUUGUGGCGAUUUAUAACUGAAUUUUAAAGGAGUUUCAUGCACUAAAGGAACAUUUGAAGAAGUUUUUUAAUUACUGAUGCACUAUCCACAUUCCGGUUGUUUAUUAACAAGAACAGUAUGAUGAGUGCGAUGUAUGCCCUCAAGUCAUGAAAUUUGAGCCUACCCCAGCAAUACGGCCACCCGGUUAAUUCCACCAAAUUUUUGUGGCCCAAUGGUGACUGUAGUAACAGGAUUCCACUGUAAUUGCAAUUUAAGCAGUAUGAAUGGCCAAAGAUAUUCCGUGUUAAAGGAGCCAAUCUAAAUGCACAAAAAUUGCUGUCUUCUAAUUUGAUGAAUACUAAUAUUGGUGUCAUGAUGAUACCGAAACGUCGGCUGUCAACGUUAAUAUUCGCUUGCUUAUGUUUUAAGAAAUACUAAUAUUAUUACAAAUAUUUUGCAGAGUUAAUGACAUUAUACUUCAAGUGAAUGAUGUUAAUGUUGAGAAUGUGAUGCAUGGAGAAGCUGUUCAAGCUUUAAAAGACAGUGGCAAUUCUGCUCGUCUUGUAAGUUCAAUCAAUGCGUUGAUUUUUAUGAUACAGUUUAAUGUCCAAUAAUUGCUGGUUUUCAUAUGAGGUAAUCAAAAUUCAAACUACAGGGUAAUCAAUUCUUCUGAGUAUUUAUUUUUAUGAAGUAUUAGAACAGCUUAACACCUUUAUUUAUACAAGUUUUUGCUUUGCAAGGGUUCUUCAUUAUUUUUUUGAUAGAGUAUGCUUGAAUAUCUUGAAUAUGUGUCUUGAAUGUUUGUCUGUUGGUUUCCAGCGGCCAUGUUAUUGCCCCAAGAAGGGACACCAGCAUUUCUUCUCCAUAAAAACUCUAUAAAUUUUCAUAAGACAUUUCUCUGAGUAUCUCACAUAUGAAACAUCACCAUACCUGAAUCUUGGAGAAGUGGCUUACCUACUACUGCAUCUUCUUUCAUUUCCAAGAUUCUGGACUUAAAUCUAUUGAAUGGUUGUUGAUUUUUAUUGAUUUUUACCUUUAAUGGCAUGACAGUGAAAUCAAAACAUAACAAACGUGCCAGAUGUGUAACUUGGCAGAGUAUUUUGAACUUUGGGAAAACAACACAUGUAAGGCAUGUGAAACAGGUUUUUCAAAUGUUUGUCACAGGAUUUAACAGGGAAUAUUACAGUUGCUUUUUCUGACAAAAAAGAUAGUAAAAAGAUUGAGAUAUAAUGCCCGUCAUAUUUAAAGACUUUGUUGGAAAAAAUAUGCAGUUCUUUGUGAGUUUUUUUUAGAAAAUUAUUUUUGAAAAUGAUUCGUUUACAGAUAGUGAUGGUCCUUGCCCCUCUUGAUUCUGUUAUUAGUCCAAUGGCCUUAAAAUUUUGCUUAAUACAUUCUUCAAUAAAACAAUUUUGUUGAUGUUUGAUUGUAGGCAAUAAAACGAAGGAAGUCUGUUUCUUCAAUAAGUAAUCCCCGGGAAGGCAAAGUUCCUCAGAAUGUUACACUAAUCAGAGAACAGCAAAAUAAAGGUAUGUAUAGCAUAAUAUCAUGAGUAAAAUCCUGUGUUCUUUCGCUUUGUUUGUUUGUCUUUGUUUUGUUUUUCCAGUCUUACCUCAUGUGGAAAAAAGGAAAUUGGUAAUAAAUUAGCACAAUGUUCAGCUUUGAAAAAUUGCCUGUAAAAAUUUCCUUUUUUGACUGAGAAAAGCAAGUCAUUAAUUUUUUUUGCAAAUUAUUGAGCGGUUAUUUGAAAAAUGAAGGGUUCGAGGAAUUGUGAUUUUAUUUUGCACUACUGUAAUUUUGUAAUGCUUUGAUACAUUUCUUCUGAUAUAGACACCAACGGAAUACCAGGAUUUUUCCAGUGACGAAAUUUGGUAUCUAGUAAAGAUACAAUAAUUAUUUUUAUCCUUCACAUGUGAAGAUAUCACAGUUGUCAUGGCUACGUCAGUCUCAACAAAUAGGAAAAGAGCAUCACAGCAUCUCACCAGCGGUGUCUAUAUAAUAAACAGAAUAUUACAUGCCCGCUCGUGGAUACGAAUUUUAUCUUCUCGUAUUCAACUCGAUAUCUCACUCAUUUGCUGUGCUCACACAUGAGAUAUCGAGUUGGACACUCGAAGAUAAAAUUCGUAUCCACAUGAGGGCAUGUAAUAUCCUCUGUUUAUGGGUUGUGAUAUCUAAUUAUUGUUAUGUCUCUUUAUUCAGGUUAUGGCUUUUCACUUGGUGGAUCGUUAUUUAUUAAAGAAAUUGAUAAGAGUGGCAUGGUUGCUAGGCAGGGUGAGCUCAAAUCUGGAGACAUUAUUUUGAGGGUAUGUUGGACUUGUAGUAUCUUUUUUCGUUUUCACAGGUAGCCUGUGAGCAAGCUCUCCUCAGUGCACUGGCGGUAGGGCAAGAAAAGAAAGGAGAGCUUGCAACCACGUCUCUGGAAUUUGAAUAUCUGCAUCGAAAAAGUCGAUGAGAAAUGCUGAUUGGCAGAGAUGACAUUAGUAAUGUUGUCAUUACCCUUGGCAUGUGUUUUUCGAUGUUUGUUUACAUUUAUGCUUGUUUCCGCUUUGCACUGAUUGGCGAAAUCUGAUUGCUCAGUUGAUGGGGAGCCACAGGGGAAUUUGAGGUGCAAUUCAAAUUCCAGAGAGGUAGUUUCAAGCUCUCCUUCCUUUCCCUGCUCUGCCACCAGAGUGCCUAGGAGAGCUUGCUCACAGGCUACUUCACAGGGCUUAAAUUCCAGCUUGUACUUAAGAAAAGCCGCCGACACAUUUUCAGGGCCAUUUCUUGCUUGUCUUGAUGAGUGAUUUAGUUCAAUAUGACAUACCCAGACCCUUGCCCAUUAGGAGAAUGGCUUGAGCUAAAUAAUACUUUCACAGAAAGAAAAACUACUGAACAACUGGACAGGGUGCAAAGAAAGGCAGUUUAACGGCUUGCAUUUUGGGCAACCUGUAGAUAGCAUGUACCAGCCUAAAAGUCGUUUUGACUAGCGCACACCCCCCCCCCCCCAAAAACACCUCCCCACAAAACCCAAUUACAAAACAUUCUUUAUUACAUUUUUUUGUCUCCCCAAGACUCCCUCUCCCCUUCUCUGAUUUAAACACUCCAUUCUACUAAUCUAUACACCUACAAAAAACCCCCCCCCCCCCCCCAAAAAAAAAAGUCUUGACCAUUAGGAUUGAUUACAGUUCUUCUGUAAUUGGAAUUCUCCCCCCCCCAAAACUUCAUUUACCUAUUUGGUAAGUUAAGAGCAAGAUUCACUAGCCUGAAAGCAAAGUAUAUCCUCGGGCUAUCGGGCAUGACCUCCCUUGUAUUCUGCUUGAUGGGCCUUUUUUCAAGCUCUGUAUUAGAAAAGAGAAAACAAAAUGUGAAAGGGCAUUGCCUCCUCUACACGGUUUUCUUUUAGCAAAACAGUGAAAAUAUUGUUAACUUGUGCAAUGUCACUCCAUAGACUGGCUACUCUCCUACUGUGUAAGUGCAAAUUAAUUUGAUACUAUAUCUUGCCUCUGUGAUUUUGAUAAUUUUGGUUUCUUUUUGAAGAUCAAUGACAGGAAAGCAGAAGAGAUGAGCCUACGAGAAGCCAUUGAUACUGUCCGUCGUUCAAACAGACUAGAUCUGUUGGUGCUUAAGGAUGACCACUUACCACCAAGCUACAGCACUCAUUCUCUGCCAGCAUCAUUCAGGAAUAAAUCAAGGGACAGAGACUUGCCAAAUGGGUAUGGUGAUGAGAGAGAACCUGAACUUCCUUCCAGGUGUUUAGAAUAAAAAAAAAAUUUCUGUUUAGUCAAGUUAUGUCUAACAAUUUGGAUUUUCUGCUUUGAAAUUUGUAAUGCAGGGUAAUCACAUUUUCAAAAAAAGCAAAAAAAAGAAUAUUUUACAGUAUUGACUUUGUCAAUGCUUGUUCAUGCUUUUCAUACCUGAAAGAAUGCCAAAAAAUUACGUCAUGCUGUGUCACAACACCCAAAGUGAAGCAAGAAUUAUAACACGUGCUAUAUGAAAUACUUAUAAUGCCUUACCCCACUAUUCCAUGGUAGCAAGUAUGCAUAUUUUGGCAUAAUUUAUGCAAAAUUAUACACUCUUACCAAAAAAGGGUGAAAAUUGCUGUGUGCAGGUGGCUUAACUGCAAAUACAUUUGUAUGGUUAUGUUUCAGAAACUACACUGAAGAGGACUUACCAGAACGUCCCCCACCUCCCUCAGAUGGCCUGCCAUUUUCAGGUUGGUGUAUUGCUGGGGAAUUUUGUAUGGCACUAGUGUUUUAACAUGCAAUUUACAGUCAAUAGUACUGCCAAAACUAAUAUGUCACCUUGGCUCUCCUCAUUCCCUUUGUUUGUGGGUUCAAAAAGAACCAUUUAAAGUCUUCACGUGUAUCCUACAGCAGGAAGGUAUACAGAUUGGACAGACAUCAGUGGCGGAUCCAGAUCUUCGGAUAAGGGGGGAAGGAAGGGGCAGUCAUCCAGACCCUGAGAUAGGGGGAGAGGGGGUGGUCCCAAAAUUUUUUUUUGGCCCUUUGGGCCUCACUUUGGUCUAAAAAUAAGGGGGGGCUGCCCCCCCCCCCAGGCCUUCCCCCUGGAUCCACCAUUGGACAUUGUACCCAACAGAAGAGACCUCUUGCCAUAUGGCUGUAUGACUUCCCUUUUAAAGCAAAGAAAAGAAUGAAAAAGUUCAGAUUUGCACUGAUUAAUUCAUUAGCAAUUGCUUUGGACAGUCACAAUCUCUUCUAAUGGAACAACUUACAAUAUUACCAGACUACGGUUGUUUUAUAUUUGAUCCUUUUUAUAAUGGGUUUCGUACUAUAAUAUUCAUUUGAUUACUCAGACAUGAGCUGGAAGAGGCCAGACACAGGAGAGCGAGUAUCUGGUUUGGCAGACCGAGAAGAAGUGUUCAGAGCAACUGAAAAUUCACGACUGGAAUCAGAACCUGAGUUCCCCAAACCAGCAGAAGGUAGAGGUUGACAAAUAUACAGUUAUGUCUAAUCCAUUCAAACCUCAUGUAAGCGACCACCCGAAAUGUGAAAAUUUAGUGUUGGCUGCUAAUCAGAAGCAAACUACGGGCUCUUCUGAGAAGAGGUCCUGACACAUCUACCAUCUGGCUGGAAAUUAAUUGCAUGUAAUAGACCAAUAUCGAUAUAUUAAACAUCAUACUCACUAAGAUUUCAAGUUGCUGGGUAAAUACAACAAGUAGGCGGGGAAUCAAACGGCUAGGCAUUUCUUGUGGUUCUAUUUUUCUUCUAUUUUCCAAUAAAAGUAGCUGGGGGCCACUCUCUUAGUAGCCGGGGAAAAUCCCCGGCCCCCGGCUUUUAAUGACAACCCUGUACUUUGCUCCAAGGCUUGGAAGAAUAAAACAAAAGAAAUGUAUUAUUCAUUUUUGAGCCUCAAGAUGAUUUCUUUUGUUUUAUUCCCCCAAGGCUUGGUGCUAAGUCUGAAUUUUAAUAUAUUGAAAUUGGUCUGUUUCAAGGUACGUACAGCUGUAUAGGUGUAGUUCCAUGUUUGAAAGUUUUUUGUAUAUUAUAAGUGACAUAAAGUAACAGUGAACACAGAGACCGUGUUGUGCUUUGAAACAUCGCUUACAAGAGGCUAAAACAAUGGAAAACUAUAGAACCAGUGGUCGCAGCUGCUUAUGAGAGGUGGCCGGUUACGCUCGAGGUUCUAGUUAUAGGGUUUUGAUUGGGAAAAUUUUGGUGUUUUGGAUAGGUGGUUGGUUAUGGGAGGUGGUUGCAGAUGGCGGUUCAACUGUAAUACUGUUUUUUGGGGGGGUCAUUAUCUCUCAUGUGAUUCAUAAUUUAAGAAAAUAUUAUAAGAAAAAAUAUUAAAAAAUAUUAUAAGAAAAUAAUAAGAAAAUAUUAUUGUGCUGAUUUUGCUGAAUUUAUUUUUCUAUUAGUGACGUACUCCCCUGGUCGUCUAAGUUCUUGGGGUCGUGAUUCACCAGAUGACUCACGUGCAAGUUCUCCUCGCAGCAGCCGUGAUAUGGAUUCCAUGGAUCGUAGAAGAUACAGAGGGUAUGUUUGUCAGAAGUGCUUGUUGUCGUUGUCUAUUAAUACAUGGAUAUAACAUUUGAAGUUAUUUCUUUAACAUUUGACUUUGAAGAAAUUGACAGGAUUCAAAUUAGGUGUCACCACUUAGUUUAAAAUUUUUCUCUCUUCAUUUUGCAGUGAUGCACGCCUUGUAUCCUUCCGUAAGAGCGGCAGCCUUGGGAUUCAAGUGUCUGGUGGCAAUAUGGCCGGUAUUUUUGUGGCAGCUGUGAAGGAGGGUAGUCCAGCUUACAAUUCUGGAUUAAGGAGGGGAGAUCAGAUUCUCAUGGUGAGUAAUCAAACCUCAUGAUUUAAUUCAAAUACACCCAGACAUGACAUUUUCUCAAUAAAAACAAUGUGGUUUUCCACUGGCUGAAGAACAAAAGAAAGGGAAAAAAAUUUUCUGACACUUGGCUGGGAGUAUGAGUGAUUAAGAGUUCAGUUGUUUUUGUUGCCAUCCACCAUUGCCUGACCUUUUUAUCACCCAAGCAUUUUUAAUAAAUCAUUUUUUCCUGGUUUUGGCCAUUUUGUUUUAUACUUGGAUGGCAAACGAUAGUUCACGCACAAGAUCUUGUGCUGUUGAAAGGCUGGUUGGCUUGGCAUGGCUCCAAGUUGUGUGUGAGAAUUUAUUUUCACCAUUAUUUUGGAAGUAGUUUGUUCUAUUGCUUUUCUUUUCAGAAAGUAAAAAGCUUUGGCUUUCAGUUUACAAGAAUAGAGGUUCUGACCAUGUGGAAAUUCUGAGAACUUUUUCUUUUCAAAUUCAGGCCAAUGAUAUAGAUUUUAAGGAUAUCACCAGGGAAGAAGCUGUCUUGAUUCUGCUCUCUCUUGGAGAUGAAGUCAACCUUUUGUGCAAGUAUGGGAGAGAAAGUAAGCAUUGCUGGCCAUAUUUUAAUUCACCAUCCUCAAUAUGAAGUUUAUCAAUGAUUUAAUAUGUAAGUGGACGUGUAGACCACAAAAUGUAACCUAUUAAAUUAUUAAUUUGCCUUUUUGAUAGCAUUUGACAAAAUCAGCACGGAAUCUGGGGAUUCAUUUUUCAUCAAGUAAGUUACAGUACUGUAGGUGUGUUAAUGCUCAGACAAUAUUAAUGAGAAGCUGCAAUGAUAUUAAAAAAUUAAAUUUCAUGCAUGCAUUUAUAGAUGUAUCUCACAUGUAAAACUGUGUGGUAACCUUCAUGGGAAGAGGCUGAAGGAUUUUUUUUUUUUUUGGGGGGGGGAACCUCCUUCGGUCUGAUGUAGUGCUAAAAUUGUGAAGAAUUCUCAGUUGGCACUGUCUUUUAGAGCCUCCAAGCACCAACAGAUACAUGGGAUCAUUGUAGCUUGCAAAUGUCUCAGUUCUCUCUCUCUAAAUUUUUUGGAUCCCUCCCUGGCCUUUCUUUAUAACGAAACCACUUCAAGGUCUGUGUGCUCAUAGAUUUAAGGCUUUUUCCAAGUAGCUGUAUCUUACUGCCCAGAAAACCAUUCUUUUUGUUGUUAUAACAUGUAUUGUUGUUGUUGUUUUUUGCUGUAGUGGACCUAAAUUUUAGGCUUAUUUCCUAUUUGCUGCUCUUAAGCAUCUGCAUGGCUGAUUAUUACUGGGCUGCCAUGUGAUUUCAAAAGUCAUAAGAUGUUAAUUUAAAUCAAUUAUUGUUAGUUUUAUUUACCAUGAUCAUUACACAUUGAGCAUCUUAGGUCACCACAACAUUUUCCUGGUAUCCAUACUUCAGUAAUAAGGAGCUUAAGCAACAACUACAGUGACGGCUAUGGAAACAUCACUUAAAAAAUGAAUUUGCACUGCGUUAAACUUUAUGGUGCUCGUUCUGUCUCAUUCAAUUUGUCAAAUGUUGGCAUUUUUUUGGGAGUUGAAUUCUAAAAGACUGUAUUGAAUUUCGGCAAAGGAGAAAGAAAGUCGUCGUCUUCCAUUCACGUCCUCCACAAAACGUGAAAUUAGGAAGUUUCAUGUUGUAAUUGUGCAGUGACAGCGAGAGAAUGUACAAAAAAGCAUGAUGCUUGUGCAAAGUUUUUUUGGCAAUCUAAACAUAUUACUUUUUUGUCAUUCUUGUUGACGUCGCCAUCAUUAUUGCCUAAGCUCCCUAAUAUUUAUUGAAAAUUGAUCUAAUGAAAGUAAUGUUGGUUUUUGAAGGGUUCAUUUUGACUAUGAGAAGAUGAAGCCUUCGGAGCUUUCCUUCGGUAAGGAGGAUGUUUUCCAUAUCUGGGACACCAUGCAAGAUGGCGUGAUUGGUUCAUGGCGUGCACAAGUGGUAACCAAAGCAGGCAACGAGGCAGAAGUGGGAAUUAUACCCAACAAAUCCAGGUUGAUUCAUUAUUUUGGAUUGUGUUAUGUGUAGCCUUGUUUUGGUUUCUUUAACCUGUCAGAAAUAAUGGUGUCAUAAUCAGUGUCUUAUCUGUUAAGGAUAUCAGUGUAUGUACAAUUAAAAUGGACAGAUUUAGUUAUGUGUUAGUGCGUUUUAUCCUACAAGAGUAUUUAUUGAUGGUCUACUAGGCCAGUAUAAGUUGCUAGUGUUUCCGAUAUAAGUAUAAUCAAGACUUUAGGGAGGUUUACACCCUAAGAGUAAGGUAAGCUGUAUCUUUGCCCACCUAGAGCAAGUAUAGAUGAUAUGUGUGAGAUUUUACAUUUUUUUUUUGCUUAUCACAGGGCUGAACAAUUAUGCCAAGUUCAGCAAAAAAUCGAAGAAAAGCCUCCAAAGAGGGGAGAAAGCAACUACAACAGCCUGAAAAGAAGCUCGUCACGGGGAGGGACACUCAAGAAAUACAAGUUUGUUUCAUCUGAUCACCUGGAUGAGGACUCUUUUAGUAAGUAGACCAGCAACCAUAAGAGAGUCAUUUGUAAUGUUAACUGUUUUUGAUGUAGUCUAUUUAAAACUAACAAAAGCCACUACACUGCUGGAUUUUGUAAUGUAAUAUGACCUAGUAGUUAUGAAAGGACCAUUGUAAAGUAUGUGGAUGUUUUUUUCAAGUCAGUGUGGGGAGCUCAGGUUGUGUAAUCACUACAAAACAUUUUAUGGGAGGGAAAAUAUAUGUGUGCUCUGUAAAAUACCAUAAACAAUAUCUUGCGAGGCUAGCUUGAUACUUAGGUGAUUUUGUGUGCGUGUGUUUUUUUUUUUUUUUUUUGGAACAGAUCACUUAAUAACGUUUUGAGUGGCUUUGUGGCAAAAUUGUGUAACGUAAUGUUUUAAUUUUUUCAGUUUCUACCGCUAGAGAAAACAGGUUGCCAGCUUAUGAAAGGGUGUCACGCAAGAAACGUAAGUAAAAUAAAGAACAGUUGAUCUGACUAUUUUUUAAUGCUGCAUGAUACACUGCUUGCCUCCCAAAUUUUGCAUAUUGAUAAGUUAUCAUUUUCAAAUGCCGCUGGGAAUUUGCAGUCCUUCAUGAAAUUUUGGUGCAAACAGAGUGUAUUAUGGGAGAUUUAAAAGUAGAGAACAAAUUAAAGGGAUUACCCGUUAAUGACCUAACAAAUAUGCCCAGUUCCAAAUGAACGUCUUUUAUCUAAGAAACGCCCCUGUACAAUAUUAAAAUUGCAUUAGAUGCCUCUCUCUACCAAAUGCCCCCCGUCUAAUAGACGCCCCUUAUGAGUCUGCCACUUACAGAAGUUGAUCAAAAAUUUUUUUUUUCGGAGCAAACUCGGUUGAUGUGAAAACAUUUUUUGCUCUAGAUUUCAUAGAAUUAACAAGUGUAUCUUUUGUUUUGUAGCUGGCUUUGUCAGACCAGUAGUCUUACUUGGACCAAUAGCUGACAUCACAAGGGACAAGCUGCUCCGAGAAAUGCCUGAAACAUUUGCCAUUCCAAGUAAGAGCAUUUUUAUCUAGUGCCAUCAUGGUAUCUUCUUCCACCUGGUAGUAGAGUGUGGAUAUCAGUAGACCUGUCUACCUGAUAAGAUGCUUGCUAGCUUUGACUGCCAAUAUUCAUGUUAGUUUAACAUUUGAUGAAUGUCUGUCAGAGAACUAGUGUUUAUCUCUGGCAUUAUUAAUUUGGAAGAGCAAGUUCAAUGUUGCCCAAGCUGAAAAUGCCAAGUUUCUUCUUGGCCAAAAAAAAAUUACUAGUGUACAUGUUUAUCUGACAAGUUUUACUUCUCUUGUAAUUUCAGCUGCUUUUGGAGGAAUGCAGCCUGUUGGUCGAAGUCCCAUGAGGUCUUCACGGCGAUCACUGAGCUACACUGCAAUCAGAUCUGUUGUUGAGAGUGUAAGUAUAUGACAAGCCACUAUGUGACCCCUGUUUUUACUGACUAGCUAACAGAAAUGUUGUAAGUAUAUCACAAGCCACUAUAUGUGACCCUUGUUGUAACUGGCUCACAAACAGAAAUUUGAUUUUAGUGGUGCGUUAAUCAUGUGACAAACUGUCAUUGUGACUUGGGGUCUUGUGGUAGGCUCGAUUUCCGCCGAGUGUGGGCUCAUUUCCCGAACAGCGGCUGGUAAUCGAGCCUAGUCUUGUGGCUAAGUUCUCAGUAGUUAAACCCUGUGCUUCCACGCCAAGAUAACAGACUGCUAAAUGCAGAGAAAAUCAUUCACAGUUAAAUAAGCAACUUAUGCAGUUGCAAAAAGAAAGCUUGAAAAAAAUUCAUGCUCUGCCAGGAUUCAAACCCUAACCUGUGCUUUACCAGUGCAGUGCUCUAAUGAACUGAGUUAGCAAGCCAGCUGGGAGUUCCUUUCAGUAGUUUUAGCUUGGAUCAAGCUACAUCUUCUGAGAAAUGGCAGAAGACUUGAGUUUAGGGCCGUACCUAACUGUUGCUUUUAUUCUCAGGGUAAACACUGCUUGUUAGAUAUCACUCCUGAGGAGGUGGAGAGACUGAACUAUGCACAGCUUUACCCUAUAGUCAUCUUCUUGAGGCCUCCCAAUAAACAGAUGGUCAAGUAAGUUACAAUUUACAAGCAAAAACUCUUUAAAUUUCAGUCAUCUCUGAGCAGAUACAUAUAUACAUACAUACAUAACCUUUAUUUUAAUUCGAAUUUUAGAGUAGCUAUACUAUAUAGCUAAUAUCUUCGAGAAACAAGUUAAGAUCUCUAAAAACUGACAAAAAAUACACACAAAAUAAGACAAAAAUUAGAAAACUAAUCAAACGUUUUGAGACUUUGCACACGUCGCUUAAAAUCAUUAAAAAAAUGAUGAGGUUUUAAGUUUUGAGCCUCUUAACCCUCUAUGCCCCAAUAUUUACAUACAAAUUCUCCAAACUGGUCUCUAUACAUUUUUAUAAAGAAUAAGUUGAGGAGAUUUGAUAAAAGGUCAAAGCAUUUUCCCUCAGGUGAUUACUGUAUUAAUUCUCAAAACCUAUUCUCUUGAUUGUGUAUUGAUAUUGUGAGGAGAAUAUUGUGGUUGGUCACUCCUGGGACUGAUGGGGUUAAUGAAUUCAUAAGAUGUCACCAUGCCAGCCUGCUUGGCAAGAUUUACUGUGCGAGUUCCUCGAGAAAUUGGGACAAGAGCAAAAAAAGGGGGAUGAAGGGGGAGGGGAGAGCUGAUUUGCAGGUUCGAUGUAGACUCUAAGGGCCUGUUUACAUGGAGGUGGGGGACUCCACUUCAUUCCAGGUAGGUGAGGUAACCCGCUUAGGUGGGGUAACCCGCCUGUCCAUAUAAUCCCUCAUUUUAAUUUGAUCACGUUUACAUGAUAGGAGUUGUGACCCGCCACAUGUUACCUCACCUAUUUGGGGUCCCUUACCUCCAAUGUAAACAGACCCUAAGCCUAUUUUGUGUAGGUUGUAUGCAAAGAAGUAAAUUGACAUAUAUUUUAUCUUUUCGGUUUCCAUUUUUCAGGGUAAUGAGAAGCCAGCAUGGCAUCGACGAGUCUUCUAAGAUGAUCAAGAAACUUCACGAUAACUCAGUCAAAUUAGAGGAAUUCUACAGCAACAUGUUUACAGGUUGAAAAGUUUAAAUGUUUCCUUUCUUUAGUUUUUUGUUCCAGCCCACUUGCUAAGGACAGAACGGGAAUAUUUUUUUACUUUUUUGAUGGGACACUGUAGGAUUAAUAGUCUCAAUAAGGUACUGGAUAUUGCAGAUUUAAGGUAGAAUGUUGUCAGCCCCAGUCGAGAGAGCUUGCUCGCAGUCUUACAAGCUAAUUUGCUUCUCGUCCCUGGAUUGCUUUUUGUUAUGUCAUUUUUGUUAGAAGCAAAACAACAAACAAAGAAAGACAAAAUUGUUGAAAUAUAAAUUGUCGCUUUGUCCUUAGCGUUUUAAUGGAUUGUAAAGCAGGAUUUUGUAAACGUUUCAGGCUAUGCUCUCACUAUAUACUGGAGAGCUUUUGCGCCGGCUCGAAAAUCAUACCGGAUAGUGGAGAUUCACAUAUCGGAUAAGUGUUCAUAUGAUACCGGAUGGCUUUUCCUGGCGGUACGAAAAUCUAUCUGGUAAAGUGUGAACAUAACUUUAAAUUUGACGUUGUUAUUUCAGCUGUAAUCCCGGCGGGGUCCAUGGACAAUUGGUACCCAAGGGUAAUAGACGAAAUUAAGAAACAACAGGAAGAUCCAGUGUGGAUGUCCGAAGACAAGGUAGGUCAAGAAUUUCAUAUUAACUUUAUGGAGCGCAAAUUUGAUGUACAAUGUUUGUCCGACAUUUUGUGGAGUUUGAACAAAACAUGGAAAGAAAGUAUGGUUCACUCGAGCUUGGUUUCCGAUGAAAUUUACGUAAGACAUACAUCUCAUACACAAAAUGAAAGUUGGGUUAAGCCAAAAUACGUAACAAAAAGAUCACCCUCCCUCUCACACAAAUAAAAAUAAAGAGAUACCAAAGGAAGAGGAAAGUCUGUUGAACAGGAACUGAACAGUAAUUCCACUGCUAGACUUGUACAUCUUAGGAUCGGGAGCUCAGGAAUGACUGGGACUAGAUCAGAGAGGGGCAUUCGUGCCCCCAUUUUUUGCGAAGACAGUCAAGAUUAUUCCACGUUCUCUUGGGUAAAAAGGCACAUAGCUUGCAAAUUGUUUUUACGAGAGCUUUUAAGUACCUUCAACGCUGUUGUUAGUUCAAUUUUAAUUAAAAAUUGCUGUUUUAGGGCGUUUGGCGCUAUAUUUAUUGUCAGCAUUUUUCCCUCUUAGUUUGAUCAAGAGGAACAAGCCGACAUUGAAUUCAGAAUGCCCAGUCGCUACUCGACUUCUUAUGAUUAUGACUCUACGUUAGACUCACCAACUGUCCGGUCCUCUGUCUCCAAUCAACCCAUGGAUGAUGAUCACAUAAUUGUUGCUGAUUACGCAAGCGAUGUAAGUAGAGUGUAUGUUAAAGGAGCAAUGUUACAAUUGUUAAGUAUUACUUAAAAUUACAUUUGGAUAAAAGAAAAUUAUGAACUAAUGGUUCAGUUUUACUUAAAAUUACUCCACUUCUAGACCUUACCUAUAUGUGAAUGACUUUAACUUUCGAUAGCCCCCCCACCCCACCCCAUUAUGGCUCAUUGUGGAACUUACCAUUUGCUACGCAAAAACGAGGUGACUGGAGGCGAAAUGUGUCCCACAAUUGUUUCUGGGAUAGUUACUUGGACAGCUAUUGGCCAAUUUUUUGCUUGGCCCUGGUGACAGGUGACAGUCCCAGAAUUCUUUGCGAAAAAUAACUUGCCCCAGUUUCCUGGUGAUUUUCAUUCUAAGUACGACAGCAUUUACCAUAUUUUACCUGACGGACCCUGUGUUUGUUUUCAACCUGCAGUGUUACUUUAACUCAACACAUACUGUUUCUCACAGGUUCAUUCAGAGCCUCCUCGAGAGGGUCGUGUCCGUGCCGCGUAUUCGGAGCCCCAGCUCAGAUAUGAUGGACCGGAUCGUUAUGAGGAAGAAUAUCUUCCCAGGGCUCGUUAUGACGAUGAUGAUUACCGUGAUGGCAGGCAGGGCUUCAAUGAGGAUACCUUGGACAGACAGAGGCCUGGAUACAAGCCGCCCGGUGUUAAGUAAGUAGAAUAGGCCAUACGCCACUUGCACACCUCCUAUAAUGCCCCCCCUCCCCCAAAAAAGAAUUUCAUAGCCUUUGUUUUUCAUUUCUCCUGGAUAUUGCAGCCGUCCCAAGAGAAAUUGAAAACAAUGCUUAUGCAAAAUUUUGGGGUGGGGGGGGGAGGGGAGGCAAAUAAGCUGCAUUAUGGGAGAUGUGCAAGUGGCGUAAAACUCCCGCUUUCAAAACGAGGCUAAGUGCAAAGAUUUUCCUGUGAAAAUGAGCUUUAUUUGCUCGAGAAUAAAAAAUCAAAUUCAUAUCAAUAUCUUCGCCCUUAGCCUUGUUUGAAUGGCCUGUUUGUGGUCAAGCACCGAGUUAAAGAAAAUGACAAACAGUUGCUUUUCGCGCUGGUUUUGGUUUCCUACAGUUGUCGCGUAGAAUUUAGCCAUAUUUUCUCAUGUACUUAGGCAAAUAAAAAUUUUCGUCGAUUAUUUUCUCAAAACAGUUGUUUUAGGCUAUCGUUGCGCGACUGCGACAUGAAACUUCCCAAUUUCACGCGCCCGCUUUAUGGAGUAGGUGAACACAGCACAAAAAAAUUUCUUUUUUUUUUCUAAACUUAGAUACGGCCCUUUCGGAUUGAUGAUGUUGAAAUGUUUGUUUCCAGGUUGUUGCCGUCCCGCGAAGACCCCGUCGUGUUGAGAAAAGAACUGAAGAAGACUCGAAUGCCCGAUGGCUUUGAUCGCUCCGAUGCCGAUGCCGAAGAGUUGAGGAUGAAGCGCGAAAGUCUUCGUAAAGUCGAAACUGAUUCCGACCUUCUAAGAGAGUACGACGAACGCGUGGGAGUCCCGGUUUCUAAACUGUGGGCAAUUGAUAACGAAUCGACCCAGCGUCGCGAACAGAUCGAUCGCGUUCGAGAACCACCGGUGGAGUUCGAAUACAAGAAAAGAGAACCAGAGAUGGACCUAGAAAAGCGCUUAGAGGAUCUGGAAUCUGCUUUAAUUCCGCAACGCAGACGCUCUGUGGAGGAAAGAAAACCGCGUCCCGUGUCCGAAUCUUACGACAGAAGGCCUCGCAACAUUGUUGUUGAUUCUUCUAACCCAGACAGACAGGAGACCGUGGCGCAUUCCAGCUACUAUCCAACUCGUUCUUUCCCCACGCGUUUGGAACGUGAGAAACCUGCCGAACCCGAAAUUCGGGCGAAUUUUUCCGAUUCUCGAGUGCAAAGCGCUCCUCAGCGAGAGUUCCCUGUGAGUUCUGGAACUGGAAGUCUGCCUCGUGAACCGAGGUAUAGAGCCGAAGUCACGAUUCCCUCUAAAAGAGAGCCCAAGUUUGAGGCCGUGCGCCCCGAUCGACCUCGUUCCUCGUAUUCAGCUUACGCUCCAAAGCCUUUCAAUUCCAUCAAUUCUGACAGGCCGUCUUCAGGAGACAGACAGUCACGUGAUCCGCCUACAAACAGACCUAGGGACCCUCCUCGACCAGGAGAGCCAGUGACGUAUAAUUUUCGUUUGUCCGGAUCUCCGAGACUUUCCCGACCAGAGCGCGAACCCGAGCCGAGACCCACGACUUACAGGACUGAAUAUAAACAGAAGAUAACAGAUAUGGAUCAAAAUGUUGUCACCAGGUGAGAAGAGAAUGGAUGUUGUUUAUUUAUGCGCUUGAGGGGUUAAGUUACUGAAAUUACUGCAGUCUGUGUACAAAUAAGUGUACUGUUAAAAGACUAAGCUCCUGAGUCCCCUUUCAAGUGCAUGAAAAGUGCAACAAAGCAAAGUAUUGUUAGCGUUCUUCAGUUGAUUGUAGAAAAUAAUUUACAUUUCCCAGGUUUCUGUGAUUUUGUUACGUCUGCGUCCUGCUUCCCUGACGCAUAAAAAUCUUAAAAGAGGCGAAAUAAUUCAUGGCAUGCGUCCUGUAGGAUGUAACGAUCGAUCGAUCCAUUUGUUUUUGUAGAAAUAUCCUGUUCGUGUAAUUCCUGUGGCAGUCAUUACGGCUGUUGUCUAACGGUGCACAUUUCUUUUAGCCUUUUUUGUGCUUUAAAACAGAAGGACUAUAUUUUAAUUUCAGUAUACUGUAAUAAAGAGUUUUGGAAUCUGUCUUCAGAUUAACUGUCUUGUUACAUAAAGCUCCAAGCAUUUUCAAUUUCGGAUUCGUUGUUUUUUGAACUGGGACUCACUGGUUCUAGACUGAAACUCCUGAUUUUUCACAAAGUGGGUCCCAGGACUCACCAUAACUAUUUGUAACAAAAUCACUGAGGUUUAAAUCAUUUGUGGUUCUCUCUUGCUUUUUUCGACCAAAACUGCAAAGGAGGUCGAUGAUAUUAGCAAAACUGGUCACCACCCCCCUCCCUCCUUCCUCUCACACCUAACAAUGUUGAAAUUUCGAGGAAGAUUGAUGUAAAGAAGUUCCUUUUUUGGGUCGUUUGUCUUAUUUCUGCAAUGACUUUCUGUUCAGGUAACCCAAAACCAGCAAUUUUCUCGGGGAAACUAGCCGUUUGGGUACUUGGCGCCUAGUCAGAUUUCUGCCCUUGUUCGUGAUUAGCAAAUCCACUCAAUUGUAUUUUUGUGUUUCUUUCAGUGAUUUUGAAUCCCUUGAUGAAGACACACAGGUAGUAGCCACCGCCCGGGGCAAAUUUACCUCCCAGGGGGGAGUCCUAUCUUCCCCGGAGUCCGGAGUCAGUAUCGUUAUACCAGAAGGAGCCAUCCCCGAUGGUGUGGAACAGGAGAUCUAUUUUAAAGUCUGUAAAGACAACAACUUUAUGCCCCCGUUGGAUUCGGAUCGAGGUACAGUUGUGAGCCCUCGACUUAAAUAGUUGUCUUUUGUUUUGUGUUUCUCAUUUGAAGCUGGUAAAACGACUUAAGCGCUUUAUUCUUGUACGUCAGUUAUUAUUAGGGGCAUUGGAGCAAUUUCAUUCUAUUUCCUUUCUGUUUGACCCUGGCCAGUAGCUUUGCGAGUGAAACGACAAAAAAAUGCAACCGGAACACAUAGCACGACUACAUUUGGCUGAAAUGUCAAAAUACUGUCAGGAAAUAGUUUAAUUUCCUUUGGGUUAAUAAACCUUGCGUCAACAUUUUCGAAAUUUGCUCCAAUAGAGUGAAUGGGCGGGAGGGACGGGAUUUUCGCUGACAAAUUUUAGUUCCUCCUUUUCAAUUUUUCAAUUCGACCCCUGGCCUCCCACCUAGUCGUUCAAUAGAACUGCAACAGACUGCAAUCAAGAAAACUUGUGUGUGUGAGUUGAAGUUUUGCGACAUGGAAUGUUAUCGAAUGUAUCCAUUCUUUCGAAAUGUUUGUUAUCAAUGCCUUGCCUCUAGCGAGCGUAUGUCAUAUUGGGAUUUCGAGUCAUGCUCAUCGAUUAUUGGGCGGUGUAUAAAGAACGCUUUCUUGUUAUUGUGAUAAAAAAAAUCCUAACAAGAAUUGUGGCACCCUUCACUUAAGCCAGUGUUUAUUUUGACUGCAUUCUUCCUACUCAGCCAUUCAUGCUGGAACUUUCUCCGGUCGGAUUACCAACCAAACUUCAUUUAUGACAACUAGAAUGUCAUGGUCAACUGAAUUGUCAAACUUUUUCUUGUGCGUAUUUACACGACUUACCGUUUACUGAGUGGCUUUGCAUGAUAGACGAAUUUUUCACCUUUUAAGUUAUGUUUGUUUGCUCUAGGAGAAACCCUCUUGAGUCCGCUAGUUAUGUGUGGUCCUCAUGGUACACAGUUUCUUAAGCCUGUUGAGCUACGCUUGCCUCACUGUGCCUCCAUGACUCCUGAUGGCUGGUCUUUUGCUCUGAAGUCCAGUGACACACCCACAGGUAAGUGCAAUACUCUUCUUGAUCAGCGUCUAGUUUCUCUAUACAUUAAAGACCUUUAGAUUCUAAAACGAGGAUCACUACGAGUACGAGAUUUUCUUCGUACUAAGUAGUGCGCACGCGUGAGCUAGCGUCAUUUUGGCGGGAAAACGUGAUAACCGUCGUCGUUCUACUACGAGUUUUAGCGAAAAUAGUGAGCUUACACGACAGGACGACAGAAAGAUGAGGACAGCAAAACGUUUGUGUGUGACAAACGUGACAGGGCUAAUACUUGCUUAUUUUGUUGUGGUCUUCAUUGUGCAUUACGGUGUUCUUUGUUUUUAACAUAACGAUCUGUUUAAAAGAAGGUUAAGUUUGGUGGAUGAUUUUUCGAAGCAAAAUUACAGUCAUACUUGUCACACCAGGUUUGCCGUUCUCUUGCGUAAGUUCACUGAUGUCGUAGUGACGGAAACGAGUUAUCAGUUGUUAGAAGUUUUAUCAUUUUGCCAUCGGGAGAGGGCUUAACCUCCUUUAAUGAAAUAACUGUUAAAAAAGAUGAAGCUGAAGCUUAAGGGUGUCUUUUUUUUAGAGUACGCAAAAAAACCUUGCAUUCCUCUCUUGUGCGUCCUUUAUUUAUUUAUUUAUUUAUUUAUCUAUUUAUUUAUUUAUUUAUUUAUUUAUUUAUACAUUUUGCCACAUAAAAUAAAUAUUACAGUAAGAAAAAGAAAAAAUAUAACUAAGAUUGCAAAUUUACAGGGCAGGAAGAGUUACAAAAAAUAGUUCAAAAUUAAAUUUUUUAAUCAAUAGAGUGGCGAGGAAGCCCAAUAGAAGCCAAAUAGCUUGUACUGUCCUUGUACUGUCCUUUCCAAUCGUAUGUCUCCCUCGCGCCGAUCCGUGUUUUCUCGCCUUCUACUUUAUGUAUGCGCCUGUUACACAAGCUAAUGUCCUCACACUUCAUCUGAAAUCAAUUGAUUCCGUCCUACAGGUCAGCCUUCAGAGUGGAAAAAUGUAGCACUGCAGGGGCGUGACGCGCGUGGAGAUCAGUGCCAAGUGGACUCCAACUCGGUCUCAGUCCUCGUGGACCAUUUCUCUGCUUUUAGCUUGGUUGGUAGAGCUCGUCCCCAUACUCGUGGCCAGGCUACCAAGCGCAUGCUGGCGGCUGUGUUUGCCUCUCCUCCCAGAGUUAACGAUGACUGGGCGCUAAAUGUUAUUUUACUGGAUGAUACGGAGGCAGCAUUCAAGGUUUGUACAGCAGGCGCCUUAAGCGUGUACGACGCCCAAAUUCGGUGCUUGCUCUGACAGCCAGAUGGGUUUUUGCUUCUCGAUGGCCGGCCCGUGAUUAACUCUCUAAGUCAAAAGAAAAAUGUCUUCACUAGUUUUGGGUAUUUAAGUGUUUCGCUCAGUUUUUCGAAAGUUAAAAUCACCUUGACACCUGAUAAAUGUACUAUCCUAAAAGUUAGAACUACUUCCUUUGGUUCUUAUAAAUACGAGGCAUAGAAAAGACACGGCUCGCAACUUUUCAAGAAUGUUCUUACUCCAAGAUUUAACUUGCUUACAUUUUAGAAGUUGAAAAAAGACGCGCAUAUUUGAUGCACUGUAUUUUUGCGAAAUGACACUUGCGUUAGACUGGUCCGCAAAGUCAUCUUCUUGUCAGCUUUAACCUUGAGGGUAAGAAAGAGAAACAGAAAAUUCAACAUGCCAAGGAGACCUUAUUUUAAUUACUUUCUCUGUAAUUUUUUUUUCAGGAUGUUUGUUAUUCCGAAUCAGAGUUAGGGCGCUUCCCUUUUUCGGCUUUCAAACCAGUUUUAGUUCACGGAGAUUUGGGGGAUAUCAGAGUGCAGCUCAGAGAUCUCAAUAACAACUGGGUGGCUCGGUCCAGCUGCAAGAAGGUAAAUUAAUUUUUGGUUUGAUUUCUGUCGCUCUCUCGGUCCUUCCUGAGAAGAGACGUUUGAAUUCGGGGAGCGGUGCGGCUCAUUUUCUGAACAGCAGCUGCUGAUCGAUCCUAGUAAAUAUUCAGCCUUUGUUGUAGUGAACGUAAGUUGCUUUUCGCUUUUCCCACACAUCUCAGCCUCUUGGUUUAGGCGUUUGUACCACCCUUUUAUUCAAGUAUCCAAAGUUGGUGAAUCAUAAUUUCUUGAUUUAAUUGACCAACGUAAUUGACCAAUCAGACCAAUAACCAGAGUAUAAUACCAUCAACUGACAUGAUACAACUCACUUUGACUCUGAAGAUGACUACCGCACAGGUUGUCGAAACGUCAGUCACUGUCAACAAUAACAGUCCUAUUCAGGACUACGUUCACCCGGACGAUCAAACUCAACCUACUUUUGAAAUGACUCCUGGGUUCAAACCUUUCACAGUAUAACAAACCCGUUUUUGUUUUCCUUCAGUUUAUUGAAUUUCACGACUCUUGGGCCGCAUACAGGCAUCCCCCAUGCGUAGAAUUCUUGAUCCGGGACCGGAACUUCAGCCCAAGCACCAGUGUUUGUGUUGUGGAUGUGUUCCAAGAGGGACAUGACGGAGAAACCGCGGCUGUUAGCGUGUCUACCAGGCCGAGAAAGGUAGGGCAGCAUUUCGCUCUGUCAGUGUACUAGCAGACUAUUAAGACUGUUACGAGGAGGCAGCGUGGCCGAGUGGUUAGAGCGCUGGACUUGCAAUUCGGAGGCCCCGAGUUCAAGUCCCGCUCUGACCGCUAGCUGGAUUUGUUCACCGGUAGUCACGAGUUCAUAUCGUCGACCACGCUUGUAAACAGUAACCAGCUGGUUUGCCUGCGGCCAGUUGGGAUUCCUAAGCCUCUUGAGUUUGAUUUAAGUUAUUUAUUUCAUGCAUUUGCUCGGCCCCACUAACAUUAGUGCUAUAAAUACUACCGAGGGUAAACAACGGAGUUAUCAUUUUAUUUAUAUUUCAUCUUAAAAAGUAACCUUUAAGGAUCCAAAGUUUUGCGAUAUUGUGAUGUGUCGGAGUUUAAACUCCGUCAUAUUUUUCCUCGGGAUUAGCAGAUAUAAAAAAACUGUCGUAACUCUUGUGUUGCUUAUUCAAACGCGCGGGUCGGGAGCCGAGUGUAAGACUAAGAACAACCUCUAAAAGUUUCGGUUACCGGCAGCUUUCCGGUAAAUGCGCAUGCUUUCCCCACCGCCCUCCCCCCGAGAAAACGAGUGGAAAUCGAACCUCCUUUGCUCCUUACGAGAAGAUAGUAGUUAAAGCCACGGUAAAACGGGCAAAAUUGCUGUAAAAUGUGUUGUAAAGCGAUUUUGAGCGGUUUUCCAACAACAUUUAUCACUUAACAUCGCCCUUUUUCUAGAAAAAUAAUGAAAGAGCGUUGAAACCUGUCUUGCCUUACCUGCAGCAACCUGAUUUGUUGCAAGGCAGGUUUGAUUCGUGUGCGGUAAAAUGAGCAACACCGCUGUUCAACGGUUGAAAAACAAGUUGGACGUUUUUGUUGCCCGUUUUAACUUUCUUUUUAAGUGAAAAGUUCAAGUGAAAAUUGAAUAUGUUUACCUCUGCUUUCAGAUUGGAGGUCAAAAAGUCCAGUACCUCAUUUGAGAUCUUGAUCUGACAGAUAACAAGAUUUUUCUACCACCAUCAGCACAGAGUUGGCAUCGCCUAGAGUGUCACAAAAGGAUAUUUUUUAUAUAAAGUGCAAGAAAUAGUAACGCUUAAUAAGAUGCAGAUGCAAAACAUUAACCAACCGAGUUAAUCUUGCAGCUCUUUGCAUUUUGGUGGGCUUUAACAACGUAACUUCAAAGGAGUAAACUAUGGUUUUAGGCUAAAAGAAGCUUUCUUAAUUUGUUAUUAAAGCAAGAUGGCGUAAAUUCACCUUGCUAGAAGCAAAGCCCUUACAGAUAAACUAGGCUCUUCACAACCUCUCUAUUUUCACAACACAAGCUGAAGGAUCCGCGACAAAUAGCCAGCGAAAUGACUACUGGGGGUUAGUGGUAGAGUGUGUUUGCCCCCCCCCCCCGCCCCUCCGCCAUCCCUCGGGGUCCACACUGAUACACUCGUUCGUUUCGCGCUUUAUCGAAUUAUACCAGAAAGUAGAGGGCAGUGAAUUGUCUAAAGUACCUUAGCAAACUAUAAUGAGCCAAUUUGAAGAUUAAAAAUGUAUGCAGGAAAUUACCCUGUUAGUUUCCCUUUUUAAGUGUACAUGAUUUAUUUGAAAUUCUUAAUCACAUACCUUAUAUUCCUUUCAAUGCCGUG